AUGGCUGCAGACGACAACGCCAUCAUUUUGGGAUCCGUGUACUCCUUAGCGGAGUGCGUUGAGCCCCUUCCCGAUGAGGAGGUCAGGAUACAGUGCCCGCACUGCUCCUACAACUGCACGAACCGCGCCUACCUGCGACGCCACAUUCGGGUGCACACGGGCGAGCAGCCCUACCACUGCACUUUCUGCUCGAGGAGGUUCAAGGACCGCAGCAACCUCAACCGGCACCGGCGCUGCCACACUGGCGAGCGUCCGUACGAAUGCGAACACUGCGGCCUGCGUUUCAACCAGACCAGCUCCCUCAAGACGCACUGCGCCCUGGAAGUUCUCUGGAACGCGAGGUCGCGGCUGGCCCUCGACACCAUCCGCAACCGGCGCCUGAUCCAGUGCGACCAGUGCAACUACCGGUGCAGCAGCCGCAGCUACAUGCGUAUCCAUGCACGGGUGCACACGGGCGAGCGCCCCUUUCGCUGCAACAUCUGCCCGAGCGCCUUCACCGACCCCAGCAACCUCAACCGGCACAAACGCUGCCACACGGGCGAGCGGCCGUUUGUGUGCCGGCACUGCAAGCAGCACUUCACCCAGAGCAGCAGCCUGCGGACUCACAUGCUGUAUCAACACGGGCACAUAGAGUGA